GAUUUUAAAGAGAGACAUAAGGAGGAGUUCUCAGUUCUCAACCCCGACAAGCGGACUUCUUACUUCCAAUCACUUCUUCUUUCCGCGCUUUGCAUAGUUUCUUCUGUUUCUGCUUAUGGAGCAUCCAAAAUCGUCAAAACUUUUAGAUGAUUCUUCAUUCGAAUUCACACUCGCUGAGAUUGUGGAGAUGGAUAAUAUCUUGAAGGACUCUGGAGAUCAAACACUUGGUCAAGAGUUCUUCCAAGAUGUCGCGCUUCAUUUCAGUUGCUCUCCGUGGCGCGCUGCAAAAUCUCCCGUCACUGCAGAACAUGUGCAUGCCUGGUUUGAGAAUCGAAGAAAGGAAUUGCGAAGUAGUUCUAAGAAAGCUCGGCCUCCACCUCCACCUCCGCCUCCGCCUGAACUUCCACCUUCGCCAUCGUCUCCCCCUCCGACUCCGCCACCGAAACUCUUGCUUUAUCAUUCGGAGAGUGAUUUUUUAACUCACGCGCCUUCAUCUGAACCACCUGAAUUCAUAGGCAAGGCAACUGAUCUUUCGGAGUUAGCAUUUGAGGCCUUUUCGUCAAGAGACCAUGCCUGGUUGCAAAUGCACAAAUUACGCCAUUGUUUUUCUACUGUGGUUUAUCAUUAUGAAACCACUGGAAAAAAAGAUGCUCGAGUUCGAUAUGCUGGUUUCGGAAAGGAUGAGGAUGAGUGGGUUAAUGUUGCAAGAGGAGUGCGUGAUCGGUCUAUACCUUUGGAAUCUUCUGAGUGUUACAGAGUGAAAGUUGGAGAUCUUGUUUUAUGUUUCCGGGAAAGACAAGAUCAUGCACUCUACUUCGAUGCAUAUGUUGUGGAAAUUCAGAGGAGGCUACAUGAUAUUGGUGGUUGUCGAUGCAUAUUUGUGGUACGCUAUGAGCAUGAUCACUAUGAGGAAAAAGUGCAUAUAGGGAGAUUGUGCUGCAGGCCUUCCGCGUUCAACUCUGACCGAAUUUAAUGCAUCCUAGAAACAGAAACCCAGAUCUUUAUCCUCAAAAAGUACAUUUGGAAGGUUGAUGUUCUCAUUUAGGAUAAGAACUUGUUGAGGUCUGGGGCCACUUAUUAAAACUGAAGAACAAGAGAGGCCCCACUUUACCGAAGAAUCAAUGGAAGUGGCUUCGGUUGCUUUGUAUUAUGUUUGUUAGGGAGGAGAGAGAUAUGAAAACCAAAGUUGUAAGGCUAUAUAAAUUAUCAUUGAUCGAUAAUAAUGCAUAUUUUUCUAUAAA